UAAAACAAUUAAGUCCUGUUUGGUGAACUGGUGCAACCGGUUCACUAAGAAGAACCGGUUAAAUCGAACGUUUCGUUCGCGAACUGGACAACACUAGUUCACUACUAAUUGGUGAAACUUGCAUUGUUUGGCCCAGCGUGCCCGAGGAGCCUUACCGUGUUUAAAAGUUAAGGUGACCGUCAGACCUUGCAGGACUUUUCGACAUCGAGAGACUUAUGUAAGGUCUUGUUUUUAAACCAAAUGGAAGCCCUCUGUCUUGACUGAUUGUCGGGCACAGGUGUUGUCACGCGCAGAUCGCUUCUGAUGAACUUUGUGAUGCUCGUGGUGGGUCUGGUUCUGAAGUGACUCAUGCUUGUUCACUGUGGAGCUGACAUGGAUGAUCACGGUGCCGCGGACGCAUUUCGGAGAGGAAACGCAACUUCUGUUUUCUUCCUGCCCCAUGUAACUUUGGCACCGACAUGUAAACCAGAAUAAAGCGACUGUUUGGACUCGUUUGACGCACCGGCUGUCUUCUUAUUAAAAAAGGGAAUCUUUUAUCCUGUUCAACACAAGGACGUGUACUCCUAGCAAAGAUGCCUGGUGUCCUGGGUCUGUACAUUGGGAUGGAGGUGCUGAUCGCCCUUUCCUCAGUCAUUGGGAAUGUGAUGGUGGUCUGGGCUGUGAGAAUCAACCGAUCUCUACGGGACACGACCACUUAUUUCAUCGUCAGCCUGGCUCUGGCAGACAUUGCGGUCGGGGCACUUGUCAUUCCUCUGGCUAUAACCAUAAGCAUCGGACUGAAGACUCAUUUUUACAGCUGUCUGCUCGUUGCAUGUACUGUACUGGUACUAACGCAAAGUUCAAUACUCGCUCUCCUGGCUAUUGCUAUUGACCGCUAUCUUAGGGUCAAGAUACCAAUGAGAUAUAAAAGAGUGGUGACUCCAAAGCGUGCAGGAAUUGCAGUGAUUGUGUGCUGGAUGGUGGCCAUCGUAGUCGGCCUGAUGCCCAUGUUGGGCUGGAACAAUCUGGAGAAGCUACGACAGACCAACGGCACCGUGGGUGCUGACCUUCUUGUAACCUGUGAGUUCGAGAACGUCAUCAGCAUGGAGUACAUGGUCUACUUCAACUUCUUCGGAUGGGUCCUGCCACCUCUCGUCCUCAUGUUGCUCAUCUACGCUGAGAUCUUCUACAUGAUCCACAAGCAGCUCAAUAAGAAGAUCACCACCAACCAGACCGACCCCACUCGAUAUUACGGGAAAGAACUCAAGCUGGCGAAAUCACUCGCACUAGUGCUCUUCUUGUUUGCACUCAGCUGGUUACCGUUGCAUAUCCUGAAUUGCAUCACUCUCUUCUGCCCUAGCUGUGAAUAUUCAAUGACAAUUCUUUAUGUGGCUAUCUUACUCAGUCAUGGCAACUCCGUUGUCAAUCCCAUUGUUUAUGCAUUCCGCAUUAAGAAAUUCCAGAAUGCAUUCGUUAAGAUCUGGAAACAGUAUGUGUGUUGCACAGAGGAUCCCCGUCUGAGUGAACGGUCCAGCUUUCGCAUAGAUAGCAAAGAGAGAAGACUGGGGGGCAAUGACAUCUGACACUUUUUAAAAUAUGGCAAUGGGAAAUGCAGUCUGAGAUGUAUGCUGUCAGUUGUGAGAAUACAUUUGCCACAGAAAGGGAGACGAUCGAACAUUACUGGAAAGGUUUCCUUGAAAACUCAGUCAAUGGUGCAUAUCAUGAGUUGCAUCAUUAGCGAGGGACCAUUAAAUAAAUGAAACUGGCCUGUUUUAGAGGAACAGCCACACAGUUCACCCGGCAUUCACAUCUGUGGGAAAAUCUUUAUUUGAUUAUGAUUUCCUUUUUUGUUGUGGUUCAUUUGAAUGCAGCUAUCUCAUAAAGGGCUUCAUAUAAUGAGUGCAAAACUGCAGACUCAGUGCGUAUGAGUGCACUAAACCACACUCGUCUUUAGUCAGUAGCAUUAACGCAUCUGAAGACUUUGAGAAAGGACAUUGAGGGUGUGAUCUGAAGUUAUUUAUGUAUGCCAACACAUUAAUGUUGGGAAAUAUGGGAUAUGGAGUUAUUUGUCACUUAAUGCUUUUUUGGAGGCAUUGGAGGCAACUAGGCCCACUUCGUCUUCAAGGGACAAUUAAAAAAUAUGUCAUCAUUCACACACCCUUGUGUCAUUCCAAACCUGUAUGAAUAGUUUUUUUUUUUCAAUGUCUAUAAAAUGAAAGUCAGUCGGGUUCAGAAUUGUUUUGGACCCCAUUGAAUUUCUUUCCGAACAGCAGAACAUUCAUGAAAAUAUUGUUGUUUGGCAGAAGAAAAUCAUACAGGUUUGAAUAUAAGAUAACAGAACUUUCAUUUUUAAGUGAAUUAUCCCUUUAAGCAGAACUUUGCGUGAUCAAAUUGGUCCAGUAUCAGCGAAGUUGCUUUUGCCAUGUUAGAAAACUUUUUUCCUUUUUUUUUUUUUUUUAAGAUCUUCCAGUCUCAAUUAGCUAAAUUAUUUGCCAUAUUAAUACUGUAUGCCUAACUGAAUAAUCACUGGAAAUUGACAAAGCAUAUUCAAGAAUAGCAUGCUUUUGUGGGAAAAUAAGUAAUGCAGCCAUCAUUUUCACCACAUGAUGUUAAAAUGAAACAAUCUGUAGGCGGGUCGCAUUUAACAUUUAGACUGCUCAAAACUAUGAACCUGAGAAAAGAUAUGCAAACAUAGAUGAGAAGGAACUACAAAUAAAUCUAGAUUGCGUGAUACUGCCGGAGGUCUAAUUGUGUGUGUGUUUUCUGUUUGUCUUUGUUUUAUUGAGAUGUGUUGCUAAAAUAAAUGAUGCAUAACCUGU